UUUUCACUUCUUAAUCUCAUCAAAUCAAACUCUGCUCUGCUCUUCUCUUCUCUUCUCUUCUUCCUCACUUCCACUUUCUCUUCCCCACAAACCAGCCGCCAUGGAAACCUCACCAAAGCACCUCGUCCAAGACACCACCCUCAGCUCUUCCCUCCUCCCUUCCCCCAACAGCAGCGCCAGUAGCUCCACCAUCAGCAGUAGCCCCACUACUCCCAAACCCGUUACCAGAUCGGACUCUGCCAACCCCUACCCCACCACUUUUGUUCAAGCUGACACUUCUACCUUCAAACAAGUCGUUCAAAUGCUUACGGGAUCCUCCGAAACCGCAAAGCUUGCUUCUAAACCCGCUUCUCAACCAGAACCUAAUUCAAACAAAACCCAUAACAUCCCUCUCAUCAAGUCCACACCCAAGAAACAACAACAACAAUCUAGCUUCAAGCUUUAUGAACGUAGAAAUUCUCUCAAGAACCUUAGGAUCAAUCCUCUUAACCCAAACUCAUUUCUCUCUUCCGGGUUUUCGCCCCGAAAACCCGAUAUUCUCUCUCCUAGUAUUCUUGAUUUUCCUUCUCUAGUUCUCAGUCCGGUCACCCCGUUGAUACCUGACCCGUUUGACCGGUCCGGACCCGUUUAUCAUAAUAACAAGAGUGGUUUACAUGCAGAUGGUAGUAAGAUGGACCAGGAAACCGAAGAACAAGCUAUUAAAGAAAAAGGGUAUUAUUUGCACCCGUCACCGAGUACAACGCCACGAAAUGAGGAGCCGAGGCUGUUGCCGCUUUUUCCGGUGACUUCACCUAGGGUUUCAGGUUCUGCAGCUUCUAAUUCUUGAAUAUUAUUAUUUUUUUCUUUUUGGUGUAAGAUUUUUACUAUUGUUGCUAAUGAGGGGAGAAAAAUAAAUUUGUAGUGUUGAAUAUUUGCAGAGAAUGAGAAAAUCUUGCUAUUCUAAUUGUA